AUCGUAUACGUGAGGUCUAUUUAUUCAAGUGAAAAGUAAUCAGUCAUCACACAGAGAGCCCAAGUGAUUGGAACAGGAUCUGGAUCCUAGCUAAUGGGUAAACCUUGUUCACUUUGUGACUAACUCAGCACCGGCGAAUUCAAUGGAUUUUGUGUAUAAAAGCAGCAUUUCCGCGAUCGAGAUGCUCCAGACAAGGUUCCAACAACAACAAAACGUAUUUUUUACCAUUUCCAACCUGGGCGAUCCUAGAUACGCUUUCCUCAUCUAUGCUCCUCUAGUUUUCUCCCUGAACUGGAAGAUUGGUAAACAGUUGAUGUGGGUUAUCGUCACUGCUGAGUGGUCCAAUCAACUCUUAAAGUGGAUAUUACAUGGGGAACGCCCUUACUGGUGGGUCCGCGAGACUGAAGUUUACAACAAGACAGGCUCCAAUACCCCAGUUCUACAGCAAUACUUCAUGACUUGUGAAACAGGACCAGGUAGUCCAUCUGGCCAUGCCAUGGUUUCUGCUGCUGUUUGGUACGUCUUGCUUAAUACACUUCUUGAAAAGUCUGGAGUUGUAUCUUCAACUAAUAAGAACGUGGUAACUUCUGUGUGCUGGACAAUCUACACCUUCCUCUUGUGUGUAGUAAGCCUCUCCCGGGUCUAUAUUGCGGCCCAUUUCCCUCAUCAGUGUCUUCUAGGAAUAAUGUUAGGGUGCUUCCUUGCCUUCACGAUGACCAAGCUUUCGAUGGAGGAUCUAAAACUGAGAUAUUACGUGAUGGUAACAACGAGUUUAUUUGUCAGUGCUUUGUCCACCUUCUGUGCUCUAUGGGUACUAGGACUGAACCCUCUCUGGUCAGUGGACAGAGCCAUGAAGUGGUGCGUCAAACAAGAAUAUGUACAUCUGGACACCACUCCCUUCUUCUCUAUGAUGCGUUAUUGUGGUUUCUUGUUAGGCUUAGGUAUCGGUCUGAACAGCCCCUUCAACAAGGAAGCAGCCAAAAUACACUUUACUCCAGUUAUGAAGAUCUGGAUGAUGGUUUUAUCUAUCGCGCUGUCAACGAUGUCAGGCUGGAUUCCUCUUCCCAACUCAAACGCCAUGUUCUUCUAUUUUUCAACAUUUCUAAUAAACAUGUUCUUGCCAAUAUUGUUUGUGGCCCUUGUGCCUUAUGGCAUUAUCAAAGGAAAGUCGAUUUUUUAUUGUUUGUCCGAACAAUUAAAAAAGGAAGAAUAAGAAAUUUCAUCAUCGUAAUGUUUCAAAUUACUUAGGCAGCAAUAAACAAUUUAAUAUAAAAGUUGACAUUUUUUCUUUAAAUACUAGCAAAAUAAAAACUUUAGAUUUUCUGUAAUAAUACUCCAAUCCAAGAUAUUAUAUUCAAACAUGAAAUACAUUAUAAUAUCAUAACAUUUUUAUGAUUAUUAAGCUUGAAAAAAGUUAUUUCUGGGUUUGUCAAAAAUAACACGGAUUGGAUCAAAAUGGUUUAUCAUAGAUUACAAUCCGAUAAAGUACGUCUCCAUGAAACACACUUACUGAUUUUUUUCUCUAGUUUUCAGACUUGGAUCUUCUACUUUUAUUAAUUAAUACGUAACUCUAUGUGCGAAAUAUUAUAAGCAAUGUUAAAAAGAACAACUUAGACAUUAUUUUACGUUUUAAUUAGAAGUUUUCAAUGAGAGUUAGGUGGUAGAUUAAAGCUAAAAAGCCUGAAUUUGUUUGCUAGUUUAUUAUAGCUUGCCAAUUAAUAAUUAUUGAUAGACUAAAUUUAUUAAUAAUUGUUCCUUUUAUAUUCUGAUAAUACCAUGUCAUUAGAUCGUGUGGGAUAUUAUGCAAGUAUUAAAUCUAGGUUAUUUUAAGAUAUUUUUAAAACUUGUCUUUAGAGUGUGUGGGAAGUAGUGCAGAUAGUAAGUCUAAGUUAUAUGAUGUUCUGUUUAAAAAUCUAUCAUUUAGCCCGUGUGGUGCAGAUAGUAAAUUUAGUUUAUUUUACGUUCCAUUUAAAACCUGCCAAUUAUUUGUUUUGGGGAUACAAUGUUGAUAAAUAAUGGUUAUUUUACAUCUUAAUUCAACCAUGAAAUGUUAUAUUAAAUAAUGAAGGAUAAUUUCCUUUCUAUUUGAUGUUUUACUAAAGCGAGACUUGAUUGCAUCUGAAUCUAGGUUUCAUAUUUAAUAUGCAUACGUUUAUUAAACGCAAAAGGGUUUUUCGUAGACCUAGUUGAAUUAGACGAUAUUAACUAUUCAUUUUGUCGACAAUUCUCAUUCCAUUGAUAUCUUUACAUGUGUCUACAUUAUGGUAAUCUAAGAUAAUCCUUUAUAAAUCGACUUAAAACAUUAACUUCAAGUACAGUAAACUUAAAGUCAAGGAAAUUAAUUUCGACUAUGAUAUAGUAUAUACAAAUUGGUUUUGUUGUCAUAGGAUUAUAAAAAAUAUUAUUUAUAUUUUAUUUUGUCUUUGACUCAUGUUUGACUCUCUGACAAGUCUGAUGAUUUGAGGGGAUAAAUAAUCAAGUUAGAUAACGAGGACGUAACUAUCCAUAGUAAAAAGUAUUGCGAUAUUAUAUGUUUAUGUAGGUGCCAAUUUUAAAGAAUAAAUUUUAUACCAUAUAUUUUA